AUGUGCGCGUCGGCGACGGGCGUGGUGCGCGUGCAGUCGCGGAGGAAGGCGGAGAUGUACCUGGUGCGCACGGACGGCAUCAGCUGCACUCGCGAGAAGGUCACCGCCUCCACCCUCGCCUUCUCCCACCCCAGCACGCAGCAGCAGAUGCUCAUGUGGCGCACGCGGCCUCGGACGGUUCUGCUGCUGAAGAAGCUCGGCACGGAACUCAUGAGUGAAGCCAUGGAGGUGGCGCGGUUCCUGCACGGCGAGGAGGGCAUGAACGUGAUGGUGGAGCCGGAGCUGCACGACACGCUCUCCCGCAUGCCCGGCUUCGGCUUCCUGCAGACCUUCUACACGCAGGACACCAGCAAGCUGCAUGAGAAGGUGGACUUUGUGGUGUGUCUGGGGGGAGACGGGGUCAUUCUGCAUGCGUCCAACAUCUUCAGCUCCUCCGUGCCCCCCAUCGUCUCCUUCAACCUCGGCUCCCUCGGCUUCCUCACUGCACACCCGUACGAGCAGUACAAGCAGGACCUCAAGGCGGUGAUUCACGGGCAGGAGCAGACGGCGGGCGUGUACAUAACGCUGCGCAUGCGCCUCAAGUGCGAGGUGGUGAAGGGCGGUCAGGCAGUCCCAGGGAAGGUGUUUGACGUGCUCAACGAGGUGGUGGUGGACCGCGGCUCCAACCCCUACCUCUGCAAGAUCGAGUGCUACGAGCGCAGCAAGCUCAUCACCAAGGUGCAAGCGGACGGGGUGAUAGUGGCAACACCCACUGGCAGCACUGCUUACUCCACUGCUGCUGGCGGCUCCAUGGUGCACCCGAACGUGCCGUGCAUGCUCUUCACGCCCAUCUGCCCGCACUCCCUCUCCUUCCGCCCCAUCAUUCUGCCCGACUCCGCCCUCCUUGAGCUCCGAGUGCCUGCUGACGCGCGCAGCAACUGCUGGGUGUCGUUCGACGGGAAGAAGCGGCAGCAGCUAUCUCGAGGGGACUCGGUGCGCAUUUCCAUGAGCGCCCAUCCCGUGCCCACUGUCAACAAGUGUGACCAAACUGACGACUGGUUUGCAAGCCUCGUCAGGUGCCUCAACUGGAACGAGCGCAUGGAGCAAAAGGGGUUCAAUACUGUUUUUUAG